CGGUUGAGGAAACAUUAAACACACACAGGGAUUUCAAACUCAAACUCGGUGUAAGGAAAAGACUCCUUUAAGAGCAAAGCUUGGUUUUGACACCACAGUACUGCACUUUUCAGUUUACACAUACACACACACACACACACACACACACGGAUUAUUAAUCUGUCAAGUUCCAGGAUCCAGAGCCAGUUAACACUGAAUUUUACAUAGGUUUUUAAAGGGUCUACAUGCUCUUGCCUGGUUGCUGGGAGAGGGCUGGGAGGCGCUGGCGCGAGGGCAGAGCUUGAGUGUCUGUAGGAGUUGCUGUUCCAGAGAAUUCAUUACUAAUUGCUCUGAUUUUAGAUCAGCAGAGCGUGCCGGGCGGUGGUGGAGAAAGAGACUGAAGGAGGACAAUGCGAGAGGGAACAAGUUGUUCACCCUUCGGAGAAGUCUAGGCGCUUUGCAAGUAAUUCACGAACAGUCGGGAGAAGAAAGAGCCCAACGGCUAUGUAGUUGCAACACUUGCGCACAUCUAAAUCCAGCUGGGUUCUGCGCGGGGUCCCGGUCCCUUUCCCCAGGACCUGUUCUCUGGAUGUCAGCUGAGUUACUAAAGUAACUCUGCAUGUCAGUAGACAGACUUUGGUAGAACUUCAAGACUCCUGGAGACCCCCAUCUCUCCUUAUUUUAUUUUUUUUGCGUGUGUGUCCUCACUGAACAUUCAAAACUGUUUCUCCAAAGGGUUUUGCAAAAACUCAGACUGUUUUCCAAAGCAGAAGCACUGGCGUCCACGGCAGAAGCAAUGGGCAGUGUGCGAACCAACCGCUACAGCAUUGUCUCUUCAGAAGAAGACGGCAUGAAGCUGGCCACCAUGGCGGUUGCCAACGGCUUUGGGAACGGGAAGAGUAAAGUCCACACCCGACAGCAGUGCAGGAGCCGCUUUGUGAAGAAAGACGGCCACUGUAAUGUCCAGUUCAUCAACGUGGGGGAGAAGGGACAACGGUACCUCGCAGACAUCUUUACCACGUGCGUGGACAUUCGCUGGCGGUGGAUGCUGGUUAUCUUCUGCCUGGCUUUCGUUCUGUCGUGGCUGUUUUUCGGCUGUGUGUUUUGGUUGAUUGCUCUGCUCCACGGGGACCUGGAUGCAGCUAAAGAGAGCAAAGCCUGUGUAUCGGAAGUCAAGAGUUUCACGGCUGCCUUCCUUUUCUCCAUCGAGACCCAGACCACCAUAGGCUAUGGGUUCCGCUGCGUCACGGACGAGUGCCCCAUCGCCGUGUUCAUGGUGGUGUUCCAGUCCAUUGUGGGCUGCAUCAUCGAUGCCUUCAUCAUCGGCGCCGUCAUGGCGAAGAUGGCCAAGCCGAAGAAGAGAAACGAGACUCUCGUCUUCAGUCACAACGCGGUCAUCGCCAUGCGCGAUGGCAAGCUGUGUUUGAUGUGGCGCGUGGGCAACCUCCGGAAAAGCCAUCUGGUGGAAGCUCACGUGCGGGCGCAGCUCCUCAAAUCCAGAAUCACUUCGGAAGGGGAGUACAUCCCCCUGGAUCAAAUAGAUAUCAACGUCGGGUUUGACAGUGGGAUUGACCGCAUAUUCCUGGUGUCCCCAAUCACCAUCGUCCACGAAAUAGAUGAAGACAGCCCUUUAUACGAUUUGAGUAAGCAGGACGUCGAUAAUGCGGACUUUGAAAUUGUGGUGAUUCUGGAAGGCAUGGUGGAAGCCACCGCCAUGACGACACAGUGCCGCAGCUCGUACCUGGCCAACGAAAUCCUUUGGGGCCACCGCUACGAGCCUGUACUCUUUGAAGAGAAGCAUUACUACAAAGUGGACUACUCGAGGUUCCACAAGACUUACGAAGUCCCCAACACCCCGCUUUGUAGUGCCAGAGACUUAGCAGAAAAGAAAUAUAUCCUCUCAAAUGCGAAUUCAUUUUGCUAUGAAAAUGAAGUUGCCCUCACAAGCAAAGAGGAAGAUGACAGUGAAAAUGGGGUUCCCGAAAGCACGAGUACGGACACACCCCCUGACAUUGACCUUCACAACCAGGCAAGUGUACCUCUAGAGCCCAGACCCUUACGGCGAGAAUCGGAGAUAUGACUGGUUCCUUCUCUGGGAUAUUUGCUUUACAACACAGCCUGUUGGUCAAAGGCCCAAAACACUUAUUCAGACGACGGUACUGGUGAAGAGCUGGGUCAAGGCAAGUGGCCACAAGGGACCGAGGCUAGCACAAUGGUUUCAGAGAAAGACUCUAAGCUCCGAGAUUAAUGCAAAGCACUAAACAUGCCUCCCCGUGACCCAAUGGCACAUAUAUGUUGUAGAAUAAGUUAUGGGGUUAUUAUUUUUUUUUUUAUGUUUUGUUUUGUGUUUUUUACAAAACUUGAACUUGCAGGCAAGCCUUGGUUGGGUGUUUGACUUAUCCAGAAUGCUUCUCUUUAGGGAACAAGGAUGUUUUUAAUGGCAUAACAAAGGCAAGACUCUGCCUUAAUUUUGAAAAGCUGCUAACUACAUGACCACGAAUUGUAUUUUUGUUGCCGUGUAGUUUUUCUUUCCUGUAAUUUAAAAGUCAGUGUUGAACUUUGUUGAAAGCUCAUGAUAUGUGCUUCAAAGUGGCAAGUAUUUGGCUGUUAACUGCCAACACGAGAGCCUGAUUUUUUGAGGCCAGUAAUUUGUUUGCUAGAAUUGAUUCUCUCUCUCUCUCUCUCUCUCUCUCUCUCUCUCUCUCUCUCGUUACAUAAGGGCAUUAUGUAACAAUAGCCAAAUGGUAGCCUCUGGGUUGUUUUUUUUUUUUUUCCUUCAUGAUGUUAAUGAGUUAUCUCAAAUUUUAAGUUAGACUACCUAAAGUAAAUACCAAAGAUAAUGCACAUUUUUGCACAGUGGAGCUUAUACUAAAAAGGAAAAGAAGCUCCCCGGCUGCCUUGAAAUCAAGAGACAAUAACUUUGAACCUCACCAAGACCUUGAACUGCCCUCUCCUUUUGCACCUUAUUCAGAAAAUAGGAUAUCAUACACGCCGAGUCCAGUUAAGUGCAGUGCUUUUUAAAUUUUGUUCUUUCACGUAACUUUUGUAUUAUAAGAGGAAGAAGAAAGGGAAAGUAAAAUUCGCACACCCACACACACACACACACAUAAUAAAAAUCUUUCCUGCAAGGUAGUGCUGGCCAGGCUAACGCAUAAGUUGAGAGAUAGUGACAUGCUCUCAGCUUUUUCUGGGUUUUCUCUCUUUUGCACAUUCCAAAAUUUAUUCCAUAAGGUAAGGCCUUGGUUGAAUUUAGUCAGCAUCCUCAGAACUGAGCCAUCCAACAUGGAAGAUAACUGGGUUUAAACCCUUGCAGUUGAAUUUGUUUCCCUGACUCCCAGGACAUUUCCCGAUUGAUUUUGCCUUAGAAAAGAUGCCACGCCAGACCUCUAGACUGGUUAUUCUGAUCAGUCUGUCUGGAGUGAGCCCUGCAGUGUCUGAGAGGGCUGCAAAUGCCAACGUGGGGGAGGUGGCUCGAUGGGCACAAGCCUCUUUGACGUCAACUCAAGUAUUCAGGAGCGAGAGGAAAGUUACUGUUUUUUUUUUUUUUAAAAAAAUAUUAGAGGGUAGGAAUGAAAAUGUCUUAGUAUUUUAGGGUCAACGAGAGUCAUACAAAAUACAACACAAUCAUAAGUGAAGGAGAUAAUGGUCUAAAAGGGUUAGUUCCCAUUUCUGUAUGCACACUCUUGAUUGAAUCUGAGUUGAUCCCUGUCACCUGUGGACCCCUAGCGUAGGUGACUGAAGGACAUGUUAUUUUCCAUACGCCUCUCCUGCCAGGCUGCCUGACUUGCUAAAAACAAUGAUUUUUCUCCCCCAACUCUAGCUCAGUAAUGAAGCUCUGUUUUGGUUUAACGUUCCCUAUUUGUGAAUUCUGGGGUUACUGACUUUUCUUUUUAAUGGGAGUCUCAAAAUCAACUCUCUUAUGGUAUUAUAUCCCAGUAUGCCAUUAAAAAACAGCUUGUUCUAGAAUCCUGUAUUUCGUGACUCAAUGUUUGUGAUGGUCUCUUGAACAGCCAUAGCUGAAUGCAGUGCCUGCAACAAUAUCACCGUUUCUGCUGUUGUCAGCCUUCAGAGUCGAUGGGUUUGCAAACUGUGGCGUUACUUUCAUUGAAACUGUGAUAGAGAUGUGAAGCAAGUGGAUGCUGUUCUAAAUCCAAAUUGCAAAGCAGGUUUGGGAAGUUGUUUAGAGAGUUGGUGGUAUUGGGAUUGAGUGGACGAGAGAAUCAACAAAAGACGCAACGGUUUGGCCGUUGACAGUAAGAGGAUACCAAGGGCUUCAGCUGCUGCUAUUUUGAUAUUUUGCAAAGGAAAAUAAUCACACCAAAGAGUAUUCAGUGAUAUGUAAAUUAAAUGAAGAUAUGGUGGACAAAUUGGGGUGACCCCAGAGAAGCCUCCUCCCAAACACACAGUGCUGCCACUUAAAAAGACGAGAUCAUUGAAAAGGGGCGGGUACGGGGGGCAGGAAUGAGGGAGGGAAAUCUUUCAACUUCUUUCUGUAAAAGAGAAAAAAAAAAUUCUAAAAUUUCUGGUGCACAGGUUUGUUUGUUUGUUUUUCCAAGAAAAUUUUGCAGAAGCUAUGUUUUUAAAAUGUACAUUUUAUAAAGUUUAUCAGAUAUUUUCAUAUUUAAAGCCAAAUGUAAAUAGAAGUCUGUAAAGGAAACAAAAUUGCCAUAGAAAAAGUAUAAUUUCAGUGCAGCGAUUUCUGAGAGCUAGUACCUAUAUGCUACCGGUUAGCAUGGUUUUAGCAAAUAUUUACCAGCCUUAUAAGGUUUGUAUGGCUAUGUUCUUCUGUUAUUUAUUUCAGCAUGGACUGUUCAUUUGAAAGCUUUUUCUAGUUAUUAGUAUUUUAACAGUUACAAGCUUUAAAUGGCUGUAUUUUUGUUUUUGUGGGUUUUUUUUUUUUUUUUUUGUCAAGAGCCAAGACACAGGUAAUGCACAACAUUUUUUUGCUGCAUUUUACCUUCAAAACAUUUGUCCUUAUUGACUGGGUCUCCUUAAUUAGUGCACACGUCAUUAAAAUGCAGAUUGAAGAGACUCACCCACCGUGAAUGUCUAUUCCUGGACACAUGUUGCUUCUCUGUUGCAAGCAAACCCCCCAGUUGGAUUUACUUAGGAUUUAUUCCCUUUUAAAGAAUCUUUUGCCCAUGUCCAGCUGGGCAUUAUAUUUUGGGGAGGAGGCAUAGAAUCCUGGUUAUCUUGUUUUUAAAUAAAAAGUAGACAAAGUGAAUUCUAUUUUGAUUAUUGAAAAAGGAAUAGUUUUCUAUCACUUUAAGCAGAUACUUGAAUCCGACAUUUUUUAAGAAUGUCGCUAUAGCACUGUAGUCAUUUCCAAAUUCCUGGAGAAAGUUUGUUUUACCUUUUUUAAAAAUUCGAUUAAUGCAUUAUGUCUUCGUUUCCUUUCUUCCCUACAAACUCCCAUCCCAAACCUUGAUGUUUAUUUGAUGGGUUUGUAUCUUCCAAAUUAUGUCGUCCUUGCAAAUAACAAAUGUCUGUUCAUAUUUUAUCAUAAGCCACUCAGUAAAGACAAAAAGCUUGUUCUGAGAAGUAGAGUGAGUCGUUUUUCACUCUGUGUCUAAUAAUAUUAAGGUGGAAAAAAAAAAGUGUUGCACAGUCUUGUCCCCAAUCCCAACCAGGAUCUCUUUUCUAGUGACGUUGGGUUUCAGCUCUGGGCUCUGGCGAAUUGAACAAUCCCGGCCUUUGACAAUCGUGAGAGUUAUUAUUUUCCCGUUUGCCGUCCUUUUGUACCUAAAGUCUUCCUAUUGUACUGCAC